GACAGACUCCCAUCAUCUGCGUCUCCCUGCCGCCGGCCAGGUCACUGAGCUGGGGGGUAGUGGGGGUUGUGGGUUGGGGGGAGUGAAGUGACUAUCUGUAAAGUGGCACUUUUUCUCCUGCUCUGAUGGAGAGAGCGGAUCGGGUGAACAGGUGACCUCGGAGCUGAGCCUUAUCUCUGUCUGAAAAGCCUGGAGCUGAAGAGGAGAAGGUGAGGACUGCAAGAAUCAAUUUCUACUCAAAAUUCAGCUGUACGUUGUUGACCUCAACUACCAGCAUUACUAUUAUUAUUAUUAUUAUUAUUACUACUACUAUUAUUACUAUUAUUACUACUACCAUUAUUAUUACUCUAGACUUGGUUAGAUAUUUUCCAUGAUGCCGCACUAGAUGGAGGGACAAAUAGAAACCUGACACACUGCUGUGCCAUGGCUGACCGAGGGUUAAUCGGCCCGGACCAUGAUGUCGUUUGCAGCCGAUGGGUUCAACGACACAACAGCAACAGCAACAGCACCCAUGCGGAGGGUUAACUUGUCACAGACACUACCUCAUCAUAUGACUCUGCCCUGACUCACAUUGCAGUCAGGGUCCUGCAGGUCACAAGCAUGGGCAACUCCUCUGGGAAGGAGGAGGGAGGAGAAGAAGAAGAGGAGGGGGGCAAGGAUGGCGAGGAGACAGAAGUCAAGGAGGAGAAGAAUGAGCAAGAGGUGGAGGUCGAGGAAGAGCUUCCGAUGGGGGUGGAGGAGAUGCUGGAGAGCGGCGACCCCGUGCUGGACUUGAGCUACCGCAGAUUCAAGCGUCUGCCGUCACGUGUGUGUGGACUGAUGCACCUGGAGAAGCUGUAUGCUUGUGGAAACCGCCUGCGCACUCUGCCGGCCGGCACCUCCCAGUUGCAGGGUCUGCGGAUACUUGCCCUCGACUUCAACAAGAUGGAGGACGUUCCUGCGCCUGUCUUUCAGCUCACUAAACUCACUCGCCUCUACCUGGGCAGCAACCGGCUGAUGACCCUCCCGCCUGAGCUGAGGAACCUGCAGAGUCUGCGCUGCCUGUGGGUGGAGAGCAACUACUUCCAGACCUUUCCACGGGAGGUCUACGACCUACCCAACCUCAAGUCCCUUCAGAUCGGGGACAACCGGCUGAAGACGUUGCCUCCUGACCUGUGGCGUAUGGAGGCUUUGAGGGGAUUAUGGCUCUAUGGGAACCGCUUUGAUACCUUUCCCAAAGUCCUGCUGCGCAUGGAGAACCUGGAGAUCUUGGACCUCGACCGCAACAAGAUAACAGAUUUUCCCAGCCUUAAGCGUCUCAAAUCCCUGCGCCUGUUCUCCUACGACCACAACCCGGUCACAGAACCUCCCAGAGUGGGUGAGGAGGUGCUGGUAGUGGGGGAAGGGGCCGCGGAGUUCUUAGAGGCACGUGAAGCCAGGAUUGAGAGGCUACGAAAGGCUGCAGAGGAAGAGGCAGAGGAGUUAGCUCUGGCGGGUGAGGAGCCUGUGAUUCAUGGCAUCCUGAAGAACAGCAGCUCAAAACAAGCCACAACUGAAGCUGCUGUGACCGUAGAGGAUGCAGAUGUUCAAGAGGGAGAGCCGAUGUUUGAGGAGGAGGAGUUGGAGAAGGGGGAAGGGGAGCUGGCGUUUAUGGAGUACGAUGGAGCCGAGCUUGAAUAUGACGAAGAGGGGGUUGAAUACGAGACGGAGGAGCUUAUAUGUGAAGGAGAGGGGUUUGAAUAUGAGGGAGAGGAGCUGGAGUACGACAGGGUUCACAUGGACUAUGAGUACGAGGAAGAGGAGACGAGAUGAAGGAGCAUGAGCAACCCCUCAUGCAUCCAUACGAUCUGCAGGCAGGUGGAUGACAGAAAAUCCAUACAAGGUUUUAGGGCAAGUGUGGGACUUUCCGAGCCGUGCUGCUAAUUUCUAAUCCAUAAUGUGAAAGUAAAGUUGGGCAUUGUGAUACUGUACGGUGAGAGCAGCUGUGACAUCUCAAUCUGCUGCAAAUGAUCAAAUCAGAGCAGGACUCAGAUGAAGUGAGUGUGUUUGUAUUCAGUGUGUAUGUGAGGGUUGUUUUCUGAGUGUACACCGGAGACCAGGUCUUCAAUUAUUAAAUAUUGAUUUCUUUGAUGAA